GGAGCCCGGUGAUUGGCUGGCAUGGUGACAUGUCCCCGCCCACCUCAUGGCUUCAAGGCUCGCAGGAGAAAACGCUCGUCCUUGUGUGAGGAGAUUCGUCCGCGGCGGCUGCGGUCAGGAGGACGGGACAGGAAAACCUGAGCCGUCCAAAUGAGAUGAACUUUGGUUCCCUCCUGAAACUCCUGAUCGGUGACACAGCAGAGCUGCAGUUCUGUCGCAGAAGUGAUUUGUCUGUUUGGGGGUCGGUCGUCCGCUGGUGAUGACGGGGGGGCAGUGACCGGUUUAAAUACCACUCUUCAGAUCUGGCGUCCAUCACUUCCAUGGAGCACAGGCGAGCUCCGCGUCAGGCUUCGAUAUUAUGACACGUGGACGGUCAUCGCGUGGAAUCGCUGAGAACACUACGUUGGCUAUAUCUGAUCCAUUGUAAGUGACCGGGCAGCGUCACGCCAUCCGGCAGCCAUGAGGUUCACCACGGUGGAUUACAUCAUCUUUGCUCUGCUGCUCAUCCUGUCCUCGGCCAUCGGACUGUAUUACGCGCUGAGCGGAGGGAAGCAGCGCACCACCCAGGAGUUUCUGCUGGCCAAUCGCAACAUGGGGUUCAUUCCGGUGUCCCUUUCCCUCCUGGCGACCUUUCAGUCGGCAGUGGCCAUUCUUGGCGUCCCGUCGGAGAUAUACCGGUUUGGGACGGAGUACUGGUUCCUCGGCUGCUCCUAUAUCCUGGGGCUGCUCAUCCCGGCGUACAUCUUCAUCCCCGUCUUCUACCGGCUGCGGCUCACCAGCACCUACGAGUACCUGGAAUUGCGGUUUAAUAAAGCCGCGCGGCUCUGCGGCACCAUCACCUUCAUAUUCCAGAUGGUUAUCUACAUGGGGGUGGUCCUGUACGCUCCGGCCCUGGCCUUUAAUGCAGUGACUGGGAUCAGCCUCUGGGGGGUGGUACUGACUAUGGGACUGGUCUGCACAUUGUACACCACACUGGGUGGGCUGAAAGCCGUUAUCUGGACAGACGUCAUUCAGACCCUGGUGAUGUUCGCAGGCCAGCUGGCGGUCAUCAUAGUCGGCACAUCAAAGGUUGGCAGCAUACAGGAGGUGUGGAACAUCACCAUGUCGCAUGAUAAGAUCUCCGGGAUAAACUUUAACCCAGACCCGUUUGUGCGCCAUUCCGUAUGGUCUCUUGGCAUCGGAGGAAUUUUCCUAAUGUUGUCCUUGUAUGGGGUGAACCAAGCACAAGUGCAGAGAUAUCUCAGCUCCCGGACGGAGAGGGAGGCCAUCUUGUCCUGUUACGCGGUGUUCCCCUGCCAGCAGCUGGUCUUGGCUCUGGGUUGUCUCACCGGACUGGUGAUGUUUGCCUAUUACCAGAAGAAUGAAAUCCAGAACCCAGAGAUGAUUGCAGUCCCAGACCAGUUGGUGCUGUACUUUGUCAUGGACAUCCUGAAGGACUUCCCUGGUCUCCCCGGACUCUUUGUGGCCUGUCUCUUCAGCGGAGCCCUCAGCACCAUCUCCUCAGCCUUUAACUCUUUGGCCACGGUUACAAUGGAGGACCUGGUAAAGCCGUACUUCCCGAACCUCACCGAGUCCAGAGCAACACUGCUGUCCAAGUGUCUGGCCAUGAUGUAUGGACUCCUCUGCCUGGGAAUGGCCUACGUCUCCUCGCUGAUGGGCUCCGUGCUGCAGGCUGCCCUGAGUAUCUUCGGCAUUGUCGGAGGACCCCUUCUCGGCAUCUUCUCCUUGGGAUUCUUUUUUCCAUUUACCAAUUCCAUUGGCGCCGUCACUGGUCUACUGGCCGGACUAGUCAUGGCUUUCUGGAUCGGCAUUGGCAGUUUUGUGGACAGGAUGGCGGACUCCCCCGUCCCCAUGCUGAACGUCACCAGCACCCCGGAUGUGGGGAAUGUCACCGCGACCGUCAUGACAACACUGCUAACAUCUGCUGUGGCCACCAAGAGCCUGAGCGGUCUGAAGAAGUUCCACGCCCUGUCCUACAUGUGGUACAGCGCCCACAACUCCACCACCGUGGUCAUUGUGGGCAUCGUCGUCAGCCUGCUCACCGGCCCAAUGAAGGGGAGGGACGUGGACCCCCGAACGGUGUACCUCGUCCUGCCCAAGCUGCUGUUCUUCCUGCCGGAGAGAUACAAGGAGAGGCUGAGGUUCGGGGUGCCACACAUUGCUGAGGUAGGGGACCGUCACGCCACCAGGCUCUUAAAGGAUAAACUGAACUCUCCAGACCCUAAUGUUGAGGAGAAAUCCUGCAAUGGCUUCCUGAACGGCAGCGCCAAAGGAGCAGAAAAAGACGAGAUGGAAGAGCACUACGCCGGCUACUCCCGCUGCAACGGCGGACAUUCCUACAUUGUCCAGGAGACCUCCCUGUGAUGGAAUGUGCCAGACCCAAGACAUCUGGGACCUCGGAGAAGUCGGCCGGUCUGUGCCUGAGGAGCCUCCAUGAUGGUGUGUGGUCUUCCAGGAGUGUGGCAAAUGUGGAGGUCGUUCCAUCGUUCUUGGCCUCUGUUUUCUCCUUGUGGUUCCUUCAAUGAUCUUUUCAUCCACAAUCUUUUAAGACUUUCAGGCCAUGAUGUAACGUGUAGAAAUCUCAAGUUGCUCCUUCUGGUCCUGACCUUUUUCUUCCUGCCUUGUUACCUGCUAGUAGUCGAGAUUCUCGGUGGGUAAUGCCUUCAGUCCGGGGCGUUUGCGCUGCUAACUAGAUCGUGGCACCUUCUUAAAGGGGACACUUCACCAGGACAGACCUCUUAAAGGGCUUCUCCACCUCAGAUAACUUUAGUUGGUAAAAAUAAUGGGAGUCCCUUCAAAGCCCAUGUGUUGCCUCUAUAAUUGGGUUCAGAUACUUAAUGUGUGCCCUGGGAUGUACAAUUCCUAUAAGGAGGAGCCUGCUAUGAUUGUCCCAUCCUCCAUGCCAAGGACUUGUAGGACACUGCGUUCUCUUCAGGUGGGUGCUGAUGUCCUUGCAUAAAUAUAUCCUGGGCUGUUAAGGGAUAUGAGGUUGUCUUGUAGGUGCAAAUUUGAAUAUGACAUGCCCUUGAUUGCGUCAGUGGGGGGGGGGGGGGUGGUGUCGUUACAGUUGCAUCCCUGGUGUUGUGUUCCCUUUAAAGAGCUGACGUCUGAUCCCCUCGAUCGAUGGAUUCUGUGAUCUCACUGAUCGUGCUGAUCAGUGAUCUUCAUCUUGAGCUGGACUCAGGAUCUUCUCAAGUGACCUGUCUAAUGUGACUAUCUACGUUUAUAUCUCCGCCCGCCGCCUUGAUCGUAGCAGUCUGGCCCCAGUCUAGAACCGCGUCUUUCCGUGUGUUGGUCCUAGUAUUGUACAUGUGAUCACUGAGGGGGAGGUUCCACCACUUACACCACCCCUUUCUAUGGCAGACCACUGAACGUAAAGCUCGGGGUACUGCGUUUCUUGUUAUAUGGUUUCACUAUUUUAUGAUCUCUGCUUGCUGUCAGGAAAUGGGAGCAUCCAGAUGCUGAAACCAGUCAGAGCUAACACUACAGUUGAGGGCUUGUCACAAUUGAUCAGUAGCAUUUUGGAGCUGGGACAUUGCCACAAGUCCACCACCGGCCACGAUCCUGAUGUUCCCAUUCACUGACAGCGAGCAGAGACCUCAGAAAAGUUGCGUAUGUGCUGCUGGAGGACUCCUUUAAUGCAGGCAGAAUGUGGAGCUGUUCUACAAUGUCUGAAACUACAACCAUGUGCUGUCAGGCCAUGCUGGGAGUUGCAGGUUACAGACCACUGCCUUAGAGCAACUUGAAUGAGGGCCCCCUGGAGUCUGGGCGGACGUCCUACCCCGAUCUGUCUGUGUUUGUAACCUGGUCAUGGCCACUCUAGCUUUAUGUGCCGUAUGUAGUGCCCAGCUCUGGAUGGGUGUAUGAUUAUAAUAUCCUGGACCUGUCAUGGAAAAGUAUCGCACCCACCUCCUGCCAGUGUCCUGCAGUAAACGUUGCGCUCGUCUUAUUUAUCAGCGUUCUUGUAGGAGUCCAGCCUGGUAACUACUUUGCUAUGCUUUUCAGUAACCCUGUGUCUUCUACUCCAGUCUCCUCCAGAGCUGCAUUUACAGUUCUGUUGCCUAUCUUCUUGGCUUUGCAUUGUGGGAGCUGUCAAUUGUCUACAUUUAAACUUCUGUGCCAAAGAAAGCAACGCAGCAGAUUGUGGAAAAUUGCUGAGUGGCCAUCUCCCCGAAAGACUUGACUGACCUAGUACACGGUGCGAAUUGUGAAUGAAGCUGUAGGUGGCUGUAGUAUAAGAUGGCAUUGAGUAAGUGAUUCCCCUCCUCCACCCCCAAAAUCUGGAGGACCUUCUAAGCCUUCCUUGGCCUUGAGUCUUGAAGACUGAACUCUAAUGUUGAAGGAUCUCUUGACUAUUGUGUUGUCUUAAACCUUUUGGAGUUUUUUUAUUUUUAUUUUUUCUGUGCCAAGUCAGUGAGUUGGAACCCAAACCUUUGUGCCCUUGAAGUUCUUGUUCUCAUUUUCAAGACUGUCCAUUUGUCUUAUGAAGGAUUUGACUUGGGAUUGGGCUAUGGUAGACUGAGAUAAUUGGUUGAGCAAUCUAUUCUUUGCUUCAUCUUGGGUGGUCAAGACCUUUCCUCUUAUGGCGUUUUAUGCCUUCAAGGUUCUCCACCACAUGGUCUACUACAGGGAUACCCAACCUGCAUCCCUCCAGCUUUUGCAGAACUACAAUUCCCAGCAUGCCUGGGCAGCCUACAGAUAUUGGGGCAUUCUGUGAAUUGUAGUUUUGUAAUAGCUGGAGGGGCGCAGGUUGAGCAACCCUGGUCUACUAGAAUCGGUUAUGGUUGACGUUCAGGUCGCACCAGGGACUUUGGUUUCCUUUUGGCUUUUGUGAAAACUCAACCAAUCUUCUAUGGUUAAUCAGACUGUGGAUGGACCUGCAGGCUCUCUAGAGGGUGGCAUGCUCUUGAAAUUUGUCCAAGGCCUGGUUUAAACAGUCCAUUUUGGUUAGAUGACCAGCUGCUCUAGACUGUGUCUAGCUGAAUAAGAGUCCAUAGGCUACCACACUCUCGGAAGAAGUUUCGGUCAACCUUCCCAAAUUCUUUGUAACAACCAGGAGCUCUUUGGAUGCCCCAAGAACCGCAUUAGACUUUGUCCAUCGAGAUUAGCUGUUCCCUAAACAAGGUUACCCAAAAAGUAUCUGCCAAUAAGUUCCUCUCAUGGGGAAGGAGAAGAGUCUCCAAGAUAGGAGAGUUCCACUUUUUUUAAGGUCUUUCACAGCUACCAUCUCUAAGGGUUGAACCUUUUAAAAAAAAAAUAUAUAUAUUUUUGUGGUCUUGUUCUAUCAUCAUGAUUUAUCUUUCAGUCACAUCCAAAGCAACAGUGCACCUUGACUUGUUGUUUCUUGGAGUCAGUCGGUGGUUAUCUGCCAUACAGGAGUCCAAUGCAAAAAAUGUAAUAAAAUGCCACUAAAGGUGUACAUGGCCUUUAUUUAUUGAAUUGUGCUCAUUUUGAGCUAAAAAGCAUUUUUUUUUAAUUGGCCUUUAUUAAAAAUGAGGAGCCCUUGUCUCUGUACAGGGCUGAGUUUGUCUAGUAGCAGGAUCUGAAUUUACACUGUUCAGUCAGCCAGCUCACCUGACGGCUCCUGAUCUCUGACCUUUUUAUAAACGUCGUUAAGCCAAAUUUUUAUCAGCUUUAAAUAAGUGUUUAACCUCUUAAUAAUUUAGAGAUGAGGGUUAGUAGAUGACGGCACAAUGUGAAAGUAAAAAGUACCAGUCACACAGCUAGGAAAAUGAUUAACCCUUUGACAGCAUGGCUCAAUUAUAUAUAGCCCAAAAUGAGUAAAGUGCUAUCUAGCCUUUCCGUUGUCUAAGAGCCAUACCUCGACUUUCCUUGCAUUACUCUUUCCAACCCAAAAACCUGCAGACAUUUUGAGUGCUGCUCUGGAUGUGACUAGUGUAGAAGUCCAGAGGUAACACUAUCUUGCCAAAAGGUUGCCCAAGAGAGGAGUUGUUGUUUUUUUUUGGUCUUUGAAGCGUCCUCUGGUUCCGGAGAGUUUCGUAAGAUGUUGGGAAUUAUUUGUACAGAGCCUCGACCAAUGAAAAUGUAAUUUAUUUUAAUAUAAUUAUACCGUGUAGUGUGGCAGAGUGUCGAAAAAUAUUUUUCAAAUUUAUUAUAUUUUUUUUGUAUUUAAAUGCAAGAAAUUUCAGCUGUUUGGUAGUCGGGUGUGUAGAGUCUGCUCAGUCUCUCAUCCAGUGGUGGACAGGGAGAGACGUGUGACUGCUGCCACCAGCAGAAAUGGCGAUAAUUAUUGUAGAUUAUAACGGACUUUGUCUCAGGGAGUGAAAUGUUGAAGUUUAGUCCAAUCGGGGCAAAAUUCUGGUAAUCCAGGACAGCCGCCGGACUAUGAGAUGUACAGAUUUAGCCUCAUUCGAAGGCAAGACCUUCCCGUGAUUCUAAAUUUAGCUAAUCCUUUACUUUACGUACAGAUCCUGAGUUCCAUCUUGUUUUAUACUCCAGUUACAUUCAAAGCUGCAUUAACAAUCCUCUUUCAUGUUGUCUCAGCCAUUGGCUACAUUCAGCUGACCGUAGUGAUUUGCGGAUCCGCACAACACUGAGACUGGCCCGUGUGCAUCCCGCAAUUUGCAGACUGCACACGGCCGCCGCUACACUAGAAAAUGCCUAUUCUUGUCCGCAAUUGCAGACCAGAAUGGGACAUGUUGUAUCUUUUUUGCGUGGCCGUGGAACGGCACUAAGGGUGUGGGCUGUACGCAUCUUUUGAGACCCCACUGAAGUGAACGGGUCCGCACUUGUUACUUAAAAUUUGCAAAACGUAUGCGGACGCAUUCAUACGGUCGUCUGAAUGAGCCCAAAGCUGUAUCCAAAGUUCUGCUGAUUUCCUGGCGGCAAAAAGAAAAUAGGUCCUGCCUACUGCCCCCUGCUGAGGCAGCGUUGUCACUGCAUGCUCUGCUCUGUUGCAUCGAGGCAGAUGUUGGGUAGAGUAGUAUAAAGCAGUGGUGUAGAGAAAGCUAUGUCUUCUGCAGUGCACCAGAGCCUCGGUAGGUGCAGGUCUGUAGGUUCACAGCUUUGGAUGUGACUGGAGUAUGUGACUAGUAAAGCGAAGGAUACAUGAAGAGACUCUAUUACCUUGUGAUAUACGAGUGAGAUUUGACUGGCGCCUUCCCAGACUUCUGUAUUCGGUGUGAUUUUCUUCCCACGGGAAGAAGACGAUUAUAUAAGAAAAUAGAGGUUAAAGGGGCGGCCAUUGCGAUCUUCUUGCUGUCUGCAGUGAAUGGGGGGCUCUGGGGGGGAUGACUUACCUCCUGGCCUCCAUCACUGAUUAGUCGAUCAUUGAUGGAUUUAAAUAUUUUUAUUUUGCUACAUUUUACAUUUCUGGUUGCCAUUCGUUAGCAAGCCCCGUAAAUAUAACAGUUCUGUUCGGGUUACAGCCGGAGCUUCUGUGCCCAAUGCGCCUUAAGGUCCCACGACGGACACUCGCGCACAGACGGUGUCUGGGGACGGGAGCUCCAGCGUCAUGCCGGAGGGGACAUUUACUACAGGAAGGUCCCCGCUCUGCACCCUCCGCCUACUGUGUAUACAUUUAAUAUACUUGUGCUCACGUGUUUCAUAAUCUUGUAUGAUAAGGAAUCUGCCGCUUCUAUGUGAAUCUGUGGUCUGGAAACCCACUGAGCAGCGGGCGCCUCGUCCUGAGCAGCGGGCGCCUCGUCCUGACUGUGCCAAAGCCACAACUGACGUGUCUCCCGGAUCAUUUCAUGCACUGAAUUUGUAGGGGUUUUGUUUUUUUGUGUUUUGUUUUUUUUCAUAAAUGUUGUUAAUUUCUCAGCGUAUGAUGUCAUUCCAGGAUCAGAUGUAGUAAUAAAAGUCUUUGCAGUGUG